UUUAGCGCUGGAACAAUGGUAGCAUAUUUUGGCCUAGAUUUCACAAUGCCAACAAAAUUGUUCGUCGGCCACCUGCCCAACUGUAAGCAGUUGGACCUGCUCGCAUUGUUUGAAAAGUAUGGAAAAGUGGUAGAAUGUGACAUCAUAAAAGACUAUGGCUUUGUGCAUAUGGAUUCAUUAGAUGAUGCAAAGACAGCUAUCGCAGCUCUUCACGAAUCAAACUUCAUGGGAUCACAUAUAUCUGUUGAGAUUUCAAAGAGCUCAGUCAGAAGGGAACCAGGAAUGGGCAACCAAACAAGUUGCUACAAAUGUGGAAUGGAGGGACACUGGUCUCGAGAUUGUCCAACAAAUCCAAAAGAUCAGGCUGCUAGAGGCAGACGUGGCAUUGGCAGAGGUACGGGAGGCGCUAGAGGUAGAGGCAUGAGACCCUACGAAGCUGAUAACAGCGUGUAUCCCCCGCCUCCACCAUAUGGAGAUCCUUACAGAGAUCCUUACUACAGAGACAGCAGGUAUCCGUCACCUCCUUUGGAUAGAUCCAGACCAUACCCUGACCCGUACGGACGUCGACUGCCCCCACCGCCACCACCGAGGGACUACUAUGCACGGGAAUACCCCCCAGCUGACCACUCCACUGAGUAUCCUGCUUAUCGCAGCCGAUCUCCCCCGUCGCACGCGUAUCAGGAUCCAUAUGCUCAGUACGACCCGUACUAUCGCUACCCGACUCGCUACUCGCCACCACCGCACACCCUGCCCUACUUCUCUCCCCCCACUGAUCAGACGUCGCAAUAUUAACUCGAGUGCAUUCCAUAACUAAAAGCAGUGGUUAACUAUUGCGGGCAGUGGUUCAGGCACGGACUUUGGCGGUCGAGCCGUCGCGGGUGGUGGUGGCGGCCGAUUCGUCGCUAAUCGGUGCUUGAAUCAGUGCGUUCAAUUGUGAAAUCCCUGCAGUCAGUGGCUGAAAUCAGUGCGGUCGGUCGUUAAUUGCGUGCGGUCGGUAAAUCGGUGCGAUCCUUGGUCGAAGCGGGACGUAGCGGUCAGUGUGUCCGGCGGAACAGCGGUCAAAGCGGAACAGAGCGGUCAACGCGACACGGAACGGUCAACGCGACACGGAACGGUCGACGCGACACGGAACGGUCGACGCGACACGGAACGGUCGACGCGACACGGAACGGUCGACGCGACACGGAACGGUCGACGCGACACGGAACAGCGGUCGGAGGUUCCGGCGGUACGGAGCGGUUGCGGCAGAACACUGCGGUCGGUGGUCGAAGGCGUUAAUCGGCGGUCCGAGCAUUGCGGUCACCGGCGGCAACGACGCACGGUGGCUGUUGUGACGUGUUAGAAAGCGGCGCUGAACUGGUUUGCAGCGGUGUUGUGUGCGUGUGAUCGAGCCAGUGUGGUCGGGAGCGUGACGUGACGGCUGUUGUGUUCUGCUCUGCGUGCGUUGUUCAGCGGUAACGAACGUGAAAUUAUUUGGCAGUUUUAAUUCCUGGUAACUUCUGAGGUACAUAUAUAAUAUAUGUAGAGAUAACUUACACGUGUAGAGCUUUUGUGCUAUGAGUGUGUACAUUUAAAGUAGGCAGGGCCUGGAAGAUGGCUGAAAUUCCUUGCAUAUCGUAGACGUGUUUAUGCACCUAAUCGUAUGUCAGAUUGAAAGCUUUAGAAGCAUACUAAACUCUAACAGUUGAUGAAAUUUCAUUAAUAUUUUAGCAAGAUUAGAAUAUAACAUGCACUUCCAGACCCUACCUUGUAAUUGUCAGUGUAGGUUGUGUAAGGUAGUUUUUCUCGAGUUUUAAGAGCUAUUAAUGUUCUUUAAUAAUUAGAUAUGUCAGUCUGCACAGAACUUUAUUUAACCAGUGAUGAUAUUUCUUUAAUAUAGACAAGUAGCACGUUUUAGAAGUUAUCAAUGUGUAGUAUUCCAUAAUAUGAUUUAAUAUACGUACCCGUAGUACCCAAGAAGGAAAAAAGCAACGUAAUUCUCUUGAUGUUGCAGUGGACUGUAUGUUUAAGACGUGACGUGUUUGUAACCAGUCUGUCAUUCCACUCGGUGUAGAGCAUGGCAGCGAUAUACGUUCCUGGAAUAAAUGGUUGACAUGCAUACAUUAUGCAGCGUGUAAUCGCAGAAAACUGAA